AAGGAAUAAUUUACAAACAUAAAUUGGCCAUUGAUUAGCUCCUUAGUGGUAGGCUAAGGGAAGAUAAAAAUAUGGGUGAAAAUCAAAAUCAAAAGUUUAGAUAUAAAAAGUGGUAUUUAUAGGUGUUCAACGGGUCUAGUCACAUUUUAAUGGGUUAUUACGGGUCUGGUCAAAAACGUGUCAGGUCAUUAACGGCUCUUGGUGUAAAGGGUCGGAAUUCAUUGCGAAAAAUAUUUUAUCACUUAUUUUUAUAUUUUUAUAUGAUAUUUAUUAUAUAAAUAAGUGAAUCAACCCAACGGGCUAUAAAAGUAAAAUAAAAAAGCUAUUUGAUGAGCUUUUAAAAAAUGGGUCAAAGUGGGUUAGAUUUAAAUGGAUUUUAACUCGUCCCGGCUCGUUUAACAUUUGACAUGAUCUACCCCGAUCUAUUUAUAAAUUUAACCCGAUCUAGCCCGUUGAACACCUCCAGGUGUAACUAAGAUAAUAGCCGUUUUUCAAAUUGGCCAAAAUAGGUAGUUGAAGAUAGUAUAUAGAAUAAUACAAUAUGCAACAUUUUACCUCACUUCCCAUUGCCAUUUGUCUCCAAUCUUUUCCAUUAGUUAGUUACACUCUCUCCCCACUCUCAUGCACUCAAUUAGCUUCUUUGUCCCUCUAUCAAUUCUCUUUCCUUUAUUCACGCCGGUUUCACUUCUUCAAUUCCUACAAUCCUCACAUUUCUUUUUACUCAAUUGCCAAAAAAACAUCAAAAUAGAGUCUCCAUUAAACUAAAUAAAAAAUGACAGAAUAUUACUUCCAAAGCACCAAUUCUUCCACAAAAAUGAUCAAGAACAAGAAUAAAUUCUUUGAUUUUACUUUUAUUUUUUCCUUUAUGUUCUCUCAUCCAAUUUACUUUUCUUACUUAAUCUUCUUCUCCCCUUGCCUCUUCAAGUUAGUGUCUUUUCUUUCUCCUCUGUUUUUCACUACUUUUCUUCUUUUUCUUGCUCUACUUACAACUCUUAUUCCUCUUAAUUCUAUUAUUAAUUCCAAAGAGGGUGUGUUGAUUUCUGCUUAUAAUACUCUUUUGGAGAAUUCACAUCCAAAAUUGGGUGAAGAUGGAAGAUCAGAGAAUGUUGAGGAGUUUGAAGUUUUUAAAGUUGUCUUUGAAAUCCCCAUUAUUGAGGUAAGGGAAGAAAACCCAAUGGGAAAUGGUAAAUUUGGAGAAAACCUUAUUGAAUUUGAGAAAUUUGUAGAAAACCCAAUUGACAAUGGUGAAUUUGGAGUAAACCCAAUUGAAGUUGAGAAGUUUGAAGAAAACCCAAUUGAAAAUGGUGAAUUUGGAGAAAACCCAAUUAAAGUUAUGAAAUAUGAAGUGAACCCAAUUGAGGUUGAGAAAUUUGAAGAAAACCCAAUUGAAAAUGGUGAAUUUGGAGGUAACCCAAUUGAAGUUAUGAAAUUUGAAGAAUACCCAAUUGAUUUUUUUGAGGAAAAAUGUUUCCAAGAGGGAAAAACAACAGGGGAUAAGUGUGAAAGUUUGACUAUGGAGGAAAAAAAAGUGGACACAAAACCCAAGAAGGUAAAAAAAGAGGAAAUGGUGAUUAAACAAGAGUCAAUAAUUAAAAGAUGGGAAUCCAAUGGAAUUGAAGAGGUUUAUAAAACACCAAAAAGUACUUCUUUGAGGUUAGAUGAUGAUAAAAAAUUUACUAAUUCAUUUUCACAAAUUGGUAUGGGUAGUUUUGGGUCUAUGAGGAAGGAAAAAGAAUGGAGACGAACAUUAGCUUGUAAGCUUUUUGAAGAGAGGCAUAAUGGAAGUUGCAAUAACUUGAAUGUUAAUGGUGGUAGAAGUGAAGAAGGGAUGGAUUUGCUAUGGGAAAGUCAUGAAAUUGAGUCAAACAAGGUAAAGUCAAAGGAGGGAGAAACUAAGAAGAAUAGUAAAUCAAGAGAUAAAAUUGAAGAUUUAAUGAUGGUAAAUGAUGAUGAAGAUGAAUAUUAUGAUGAUAAUGGUAAGUUUUGUUGUUUACAAGCUUUGAAAAUAUCAGCAGGGAAAAUGAAUUUGAGUAUGGGAAUGAAAUUUUCCAAAGCUUUUAAGGGGAUUGGAUUCUUGCAAAGUCAUGUGAAGAAGCAAACAAAAAGAGGGUACAAAUAAUUUUUUUAUUUUGUGGUUUUUUUUUUCAACUUUCAAUUUUUGUUUGUUUUUAUGGUUAUGUUAAUUUUGCAAUAAUAAAUAAAUGUGUACCAGAUUUUUAUUAUGAAUUAUUUAGAAAAGCAAUGGAAGAGUGUAAAUAUGGAUGCUAGUUGAAAAGGGGUGUUUUCAAUCUUCCACAAUUGUUUCUUUUCAUGGCUUUUGUAUCAUGCAUUGUGUUCCCCAUUUGAUAUGGCAUUAGCUAUCAUAUCUUGGCUAAA